UUGAGUACAACAAGGUGCUGUUUUUUUUGUUAAAAUGAACACUCCAUAGGCUCUCGUCUCUGCCUCACGUAACGCGCUCAGAGAGACCGGACUAUGCUGUCGGACUGUUUUCUGAAUCUAAGCUUCCAAACAGAAAAUUGCACGGCACCAGAAUCCUCCCCAAAAAUUUCAGUUUCGAAUUUGGGGAUUUUCUUCGGAACCAGUCCUAACGCCGCCUCUCGCUCUUCACCAAGACCAGCCGACAGAAGCGAGGUUGAAGUUAGGCUUUUGGUUUUUGGAGGUUAGUCUGACAGAUUUGUGAAGAAAGUUGCGUUGAGCAUUUGGGUGUGGAGAAGAAAUGAAGUGGCUUUGAAAUUUGCGGUGUAGAUUUGGCUGAUUGUGGAGCUGGUUCUCGAACUUUUUUUUCUGUCCCAAUUUACGACCUGUGAUGGCUUCUCUAUUCAAGGAUCCAUCCAAGCUUUCAGUAUAUCGGGAUAGAAGAUUUCCUGGGUCACAAGAGGAAUUUGAACAAGCACUUCUGGCCUCAACUAUUGUCUACAUUGGGAAUAUGUCCUUUUAUACAACAGAAGAGCAAGUUUAUGAGCUUUUCUCCCGUGCUGGAGAAAUUAAGAAGAUAAUUAUGGGAUUGGAUAAGAAUUCAAAAACGCCUUGUGGUUUUUGUUUUGUACUAUACUAUUCUCGAGAGGAUACUGACGAUGCUGUGAAAUAUAUAAGUGGAACAAUCCUUGAUGAUCGUCCUAUUCGUGUGGAUUUUGAUUGGGGAUUCCAAGAGGGCAGGCAGUGGGGUCGAGGUAGAAGUGGUGGACAGGUGCGUGAUGAGUAUCGUACUGACUAUGAUCCAGGUAGAGGUGGUUAUGGAAAACUAGUUCAGAGAGAGUUAGAAGCUCAGAGACAGCUUGUAGAUUAUGGUGCUGGAUCGCUGGGCUCUUUCCUGCCCGUUAUGCCACCUCACUAUGGUAGACAAGGCGGAAGUCUUGGUCACGGGGGUUCUUAUCGGCCUGGCAGAGAUUAUCAACGGAAAAGAUUCCGGGAUGAUGAUCGCCGCUAUGAGUCCUCUAAGAGACGCGCAGACCAUGAAUCGCGGAAGAACUCUGAUCACGACUCCAGACCGGAAAAGAAUCCAAGGUUUCGUGAGAGUGGUGACUCUGAUGAUGAAGAGGAAGAUGAUCGAAAGUGACGAGCUUAGCAAGAUUAGUUUUCCCUCCGUUGCCAUUUUAGAGCUUAGUUUGUGCAGUCCAUUGUGUUAAAAGGAUAACAGAUUAUUAAUGCAACUACUAUUAUUGUGCCUAACACAACUCAACUGUACUCUAAGUGAACCAAAAUGAUUUUUCCUCUUCUGGUUCAUGGUUUCCAUAUUGUAUUGCUUUACCUUUUGGAGAAAUCCAAACUUUUUACAUUUAGACAGCAUCAAAUUGA